AUGAAGGCCUCUCUGGGAUGUACGUUGCUCUGGCUCGGCCUGGCCGUCGCAGCCAGCAGUUAUGAAGAGGAGUUCAUGUCCCAGGCCCUCCGGAGCAAACGCGGCCAGCUAUUGAUACGCGACGACUCUGAUGACGGCAAGUGCUCCAAGAAAAAGCCGUGCAAGAGCGGGUGUUGCGGCCCGCUGGACGACACGGGAGUCGGCAUCUGCGGCACGGGGCCCAAGUUCUGCGGCAAAGGCUGCACCUCGUCGUGCGACUACAAGAGCGAGUGCGACCCGGGCUGGGGCAUGCAGUGGUCCAACUCGUCGAAAUGCCCGCUCAACGUGUGCUGCAGCCAGUACGGCUUCUGCGGUACAACGGACCAAUACUGCCAGGGCAAGGUUGUGUCGGUGCCUCAGUGCGACCCGAACAAGAACAGCUCCCAUGCCCGGACCAUCGGCUACUACGAAGGCUGGAACUGGCAGCGCCCCUGCGGGACCAUGAAGCCGUCCCAGAUCCCGAUCGGGUACUACAGUCACGUCUACUUUGCUUUCUCCCUCGCCAACCCCCACACCUUCCGGCUGGAACCCAUGGACUCGAAGACGGGCACGCUGUACGACGGCGUGGCCGAGCUGAAGAUGCGCCAGCCCAGCCUGGAGGUGUGGAUCGCCGUCGGGGGCUGGGCCAUGAACGACCCGGGCCCGCACCGGACCACCUUCUCAGACAUUGCGAAAUCCGAGAAGGCCCAGGACGAGUUCUUCGAGUCGCUGAUCACCUUCAUGAUGGCCAACAACUACGACGGCGUGGACAUCGACUGGGAGUACCCCGUGGCCGACGAUCGCGGCGGCACCGAGGCGGACUUCAAGAACUACGUUACCAUGAUCAAGCGCCUGCGCCAGCGUCUCAACCAGCUCGGCGUUCCCAAGGGCCUGUCCAUCACGCUGCCUGCGUCGUACUGGUACCUGCGCGGGUUCGACAUCAUCAACCUGGAGCCCCAUGUUGACUUUUUCAAUGUCAUGACCUACGAUAUCCACGGCGUCUGGGACGCAAACAUUCCCUCUCUCGGGCCGUACGCCCACGCGCACACGAACCUGACCGAGAUCGAGGAGGCGCUCAAGCUGCUCUGGCGCAACAACAUCAACCCGGAGCGGGUCAACCUGGGGCUGGGCUUCUACGGGCGCAGCUUCACCAUGAAGGACCCGGGCUGCAUGGCGGCCGGGUGCGAGUACAAGAGCGCGGGCAAGGGCGGCAACUGCACGGGCACCCCGGGCGUGCUGUCGGCGCACGAGAUCACGCAGAUCAUCAAGGGCGGCGCCAAGGUGACGCGCGACAACGCCGCCGCCGUCGAGAUCGUCACCUGGGACAAGAACCAGUGGGUCUCGUGGGACAGCACCGAGACGCUGGCCAUGAAGGUCAAGUACGCCAACGAGCGCUGCCUCGGCGGCGUCAUGGUCUGGGCCAUCGACCUCGACGACGGCACGCUGAUCAAUUCGCUGGCCGACACCGGCCGGCCCACCUACGACUACAUCUCGAACCUGCCGUGGAUGACGGGCUGUUUCGGGUCCGAGUUGCCCGACUGGGCGUUUUUGAAUGACACGGACACGGAUGACUAG